GGUGUUCAUCAGCUGGGGCAGACUGUAUAUAAACUGUGGUGAGCUGAACCAUCCGACAACUGCGCCAGAGCAUCGUUUGUGUUCCUGUCACAGCCAAAAAGACUUCAAGUUUUUCGAAGGAAUUUGCUAAAGACAUCGCAAGGCCACUUCUAUCAUGGAUAUAAACAUCAAGAUGCUAAACGGGACGUCCCGCACCCUGAGGGUGCAACCACAGGACACAGUGGGCUCUCUGAAAAUCCGCAUCCAGAAGGAACUAGGAGUUCAAUGUGAGACCCAGAGGCUGAUCUUUGUGAACGGCCUGAGCACUCCUCUCACCGACGACUCCAUGUCCCUCAGCUCCUACGGCUUGCACUCCGGCGCCAUGGUGUCCCUGCUGGUGACCCAGCCGGCCACCAUCCAGGUGUUCCUCAGAAACGAAAAGGGGAAGGUGAGCACAUACGACAUCAAACCCGACGAGACGGUGAGCAACUUCAGGAGCAGGGUCGAGUGCAGAGAGGGGAUCACGGCGAACCAGCAGAGGCUCAUUCACCAAGGCAGAGAGAUGAAUCAGGGGAAACUUUCAGAUUACAACGUCUGCUCGCUGAGUACCAUCGACCUGACGCUCCGCCUGAGAGGAGGCUGAGGACACUUCUGCUACAAUCUAGAAAGUUCUGUACGUUCCUUUUUUUUUCUAAAUGAAAAACACGUAGCCUCAAGAGGAGGCGGAGGACACUUCUGCUUUAAUCUAGAAAGUUCUGUACGUUCCUUUUUUUUUAUCUAAAUGAAAAACACGUAGCCUCAAGAGGAGGCGGAGGACACUUCUGCUACAAUCUAGAAAGUUCUGUACGUUCCUUUUUUUUUCUAAAUGAAAAACACGUAGCCUCAAGAGGAGGCGGAGGACACUUCUGCUACAAUCUAGAAAGUUCUGUACGUUCCUUUUUUUUUUUAUCUAAAUGAAAAACACGUAGCCUCAAGUGUCAUAUGUCUUUUAUUUAUUUCUAUUUUAAUUGUAAAAAAUCAAGACAUUCCUCGAAGUGUAAUUGUGCCAUAUCUUAAAAACUUGUUUAGGCUUUAUUCAGUAUUUGGUUUUUCCAGUAAAAUAUGUUAUACACACAACAAAGCAUAUUAUUAUCUUAUUUUCACACGUUUUAAUCAGGUAACGUUAUUUGUACACUGUUAAAAAUAUAAUAAAGUUCUAAAUGUAAA